UUAUCAUUAAGUUUAUCUCAUUCAAAACAAUUUUAAAAGAGCUCUAAAUAAAAAAGUGAUUUCCAAAUUCCAAAAUGAACUCCCAAAAGGCAAAAUCCACAGCUGCCAUACCCCUGGACUCCCAGAGAAGACUCCAAAGCGGUGGUGGCGGAAGCACUCAAACCCAAAAAUCAAAUGCAGUGCCACCGUUUAGGAUGCGUUCGAAGAGUGACUUAGCCACACUGCCCAGUCCCUAUGCAGGGAGCAGCCGCAUCUACCGGCCCUUCAGAUCCACCAUCUUCGACUACAAUCUGUCGCCGGUGGAGCAGCAACACUUCGGCAACUGCAGCGAUCCCAUGAAGUCUGUGCCGGCAGCGGAGCUGGAGCUGCUGCGCAGUGGCCAGCGAUCCACCUAUCUGGAGCGCCGCUACGAGCACAGCCCCGACGACAAGUACAACUAUCCGGAGGCUACCAGCUGGCGAUACGGCUGGUUCCACUGUCAGUCCGAUCCUUGCCAGAAAAGACGACCAAGAAGGGACUAAUUCGCAGAUUGUGUUUUAUCGUAGACAGUUUCAGAAAUGGUACUUGAAUGGUAUUAUUCUUAAAAAUUUUGGGUAAAUCAUAAAAUGUAUAGUGCAAAAAAAAGACAAUGAAAAUAAAUUAAAUAUAUGUGGGUACAAAG